GGAUUCUGGGGUAUCGGUCGCGAGUUGAUUCUUAAAGGGCGGAGUUUGGAAAUGGAAGAUGAUGAUUAAUGUAAUUUUCAAAGUGAUUAAUGGUGGUUCGAUGUAACGUGGUUUUCUUGAGUCGGAAACUUACGAGAGGAAUGGCUUCGUCGUUCUGGAGGAUCUCUUCAAACCAGAAGAGGUCGACGAAAUGAGAUUCUGCGGCGAAGAGUACACGGACAACUUGCCUCCAGAGAAUGAAAGAUGCAUUUUCAACACAGUGACAUCGCAACAGAGCAAAGACACAUAUUUCUUGGAGAGCGCCAACAUAAUCAGGGUGUUCUUCGAGGGCGAGGCAUUGGAUAGUGACGGGAAAUUAAAGGUGCACCCUCGAGUUUCCUUGCACAAGAUUGGUCACGCGCUGCACUGGCUCCACCCAACGUUCAAGAAGUACUCUUUCGACGAGAGGAUAAAGGAAGCAAUGUUCCAGCUGGACUACAAAGAGCCAGCUAUCUGCCAAUCGAUGUACCUUUUCAAGAAUCCUGGCAUCGGCACGGAAAUAUCCAUGCAUCAAGACGCGACGUACUUGUACACCGAACCGGUCUCCGUGGUCGGUGUGUGGAUCGCCCUGGAAGACGCAACUCAGGAAAACGGGUGUCUAUGGUUCGCGCCGGGUUCUCAUAAAAGUGGCGUUCACCGACGUUACGUGCGAAACAAGGACCCCGACUCUAAGGACCUGUUGGUAUACGACAGCGCGAACCCCUGCUAUCAGCUGAGCAAUUUCCGGCCGGUACCGGUUAAGAAGGGUUCGGUCGUUCUCAUUCACGGGCAAGUGGUACACUUUUCGUACCCCAACAAAAGCGACAAGUCGCGGCACGCAUACACGUUCCACGUGAUCGAAACGCAGAACACGACCUAUCCGAAGGAGAACUGGAUACCAGUGCCGCCGGAGGGUUUCCCGAAACUGUACAGGAAUUGAACGCUUUCCGAACCAUGCGCCGAACAAGCUGUACGGUUUGGUCAUCAACGAAAACUAUAAUGGGGGUACAACGAUUAAACGCCGCCUGUACUUGUGGCUGUGGCCGUUUUUAUUUUUCACCUUAUACAAAAGUUAUAUCUUGUAAUAUAUAGAACUGUUAAUAAAAAGAAUAUUGUUA